CCGUCCUCUGGAAUAUAAAAGACCGAAUAUCACACCUCGUGUUAGCUCAUCUACGAAUUUUUCUUCACUUUUUGGAAAGUCAAAUAGCCAGUACUGCCCAUAAUAAUGGAUUCCAAGAUGCUCUUUCUCCGUGCUGCCGCUGCCGGCGAUGUGGCAGGCAUCCAAACCGAAUACCUAAAGAAUAAUACUGUGCUCACUGCCAAAGAUUCGGCAGGCCGAACAGCCCUCCAUCUAGCUGCCCUUCACAGCCACGCGAACGUUCUUGAACUUUUGCUGGACUACGGGUCCGAUACCUCUGCCCAAGACAAUCAGGGCCAAACUGCAUUACAUAUUGCAGCCCAGCUCUCCUCCCAAACAAUUGUCAAAACCCUGCUCCAACGAUCUGCGAAUUGUUGUAUUCGAGACCACGCUGGCAGAAUACCUCUUUUUUACGCCUACCAAAACUAUCCCACUGACCUCGUCGGCUGUUUUCUAGAAUGCACAAUAGCAAGCGGCACGGAAUUGCAGUGCGGCCUUACCCCGGAGAUCAUUCUUGGGGCUGGCCCGUGCAGGAAAUGGACCCCCCUUCAUGCCAAUGUGAGCGUGCGCGGCCCUUGAGAGUUCGACAGCUCUCUCGGAAUUCAUUUGCAUCUUUUCAUCCACAUCUUAUCCCAAGUUAUCGGUUGGGGGGGUGGAGGGGGGGGUUCCAAAAGCCCAAAAAGGAAACGGAAAAUCCAAAGAAAAGGGAAAAAAAGAAGACAAAAGAAAAGAAAAGAAAAAGAAAAAGAAAAAGAAUCGGAUUCUGGUUACGACUUUCCAAGCGCUGGCUCGCUUCAAC